AAAUGUCUUAAGUUUGCGUGUUUUAUUUUUUACAGUGAACAGAGUAUUUGUCAGGCAAGAGCUGCUGUGAUGGUUUAUGACGAUGCCAACAAGAAGUGGGUGCCAGCUGGUGGCUCAACGGGGUUCAGCAGAGUUCACAUAUAUCACCAUACAGGCAACAACACGUUCAGAGUGGUGGGCAGGAAGAUUCAGGACCAUCAGGUCGUGAUAAACUGUGCCAUUCCUAAAGGGUUGAAGUACAAUCAAGCUACACAGACCUUCCACCAGUGGCGAGACGCCAGACAGGUGUAUGGCCUCAACUUUGGCAGCAAGGAGGAUGCCAAUGUCUUCGCAAGUGCCAUGAUGCAUGCCUUAGAGGUGUUGAAUUCACAGGAAACAGCCCAGAGCAAGGUUGCUGCUACCCAGGACAGCACUAAUUUGCGAUGUAUUUUCUGUGUGUUCUAUUUAGGGCCAACAUUGCCUAGACAAAAUUCACAGCUACCUGCCCAAGUUCAAAAUGGCCCAUCACAAGAAGAAUUGGAAAUUCAAAGAAGGCAGCUGCAAGAACAGCAGCGGCAGAAGGAGCUGGAGCGGGAGCGCGUGGAGCGGGAGCGCGUGGAGCGCGCGGAGCGGGAGCGGCUGGAGCAGGAGCAGCUGGAGCGCGAGCGGCUGGAGCGGGAGCGCGAGCGGCAGGACCGGCUGGAGCGCGAGCGGCUGGAGCGGCUCGACCGCGAGAGGGAGCAGCGGGAGCAGCGCGAGCGGGAGCAGCGCGAGCGGCAGGAGCAGCGGGAACGCGAGCGCGAGCGCGAGCGGGAGCGGGAGCAGCGCGAGCGGCAGGAGCAGCUGGAGCGGCAGGAGCAGCUGGAGUGGGAGCGCGAGCGGGAGCGCCGGCUGUCGGCCGCCGCUCCGCCCUCCGACAGCUCCCCGUAUAGCGCGCCGCUGCCCGAGUAUGCCGGCUGCCAGCCUCCUGCGGCACCUCCUCCAUCCUAUGCUAAAGUCAUCGCAGCUCCAGGGUCAGACGCCAGUCCUGACUAUGCUGUGGUGACCGCUUUGCCACCUACUUGCACGCCCCCCACACCACCUCUUCGGCACUCGGCGACACGUUUUGCAGCAUCUGUAGGCUCAGCCUUCCACCCCGUUCUUCCCCAUUACGCUACGGUUCCUCGUCCUCUGAACAAAAACUCUCGGCCUUCUUCUCCCGUGAACACACCCUCUUCUCAGCCUCCAGCCGCGAAGCCCUGUGCCUGGUCUACUUGCACUGUGUCGCCCCUCCCUCCAUCUCCUCCGGUCAUGAUUAGCAGCCCCCCCGGCAAAGCGACCGGUCCGAGGCCUGUCCUCCCUGUCUGUGUUUCUUCUCCUGUGCCCCCACUGCCUCCGUCACCAACAGCACCCAACGGGCCGCUUGACUCUGUCACGUGUCCGGUGUCUCCGCCGCCUACCUCAGGGCCAGCAGCGCCGCCGCCGCCGCCGCCUUCCCUCGCACCGCGCUCACACUGUGGAUCUCAAGCCUCUCCUCCUCCAAGCACCCCCAUUGCCUCAACUCCCUCCUCCAAGCCUAGUGUUCUCCCUUCUCCCUCUGCAGCUGCCCCUGCGCCUGCCCCUGCGGAGACUCCUCUAAACUCUGUGCUGGGGGACUCCUCUGCUUCUGAGCCAGGCUCGCAGGCAGCCUCUCAGCCGGCCGAGACUCCAGCCCAACAGGGCGGUGUCUUGGGACCACCCGCACCUCCGCCCCCACCGCCGCUCCCACCCGGCCCCGCCCCGGCCGCCGCAGCACCGCCCCCCCACCCGGGGCCGCCGCCCCCUCCUCCGCUCCCCGCAGCGGGGCCACCGCCCCCACCGCCCCCGCCCCCCCUUCCCAACCAGGUCCCCCCCCCUCCUCCGCCCCCUCCCGCGCCCCCACUCCCCGCAUCUGGAUUUUUUGCGGGAUCAGUGUCUGAAGACAAUCGCCCGUUGACUGGACUUGCCGCUGCGAUUGCUGGAGCAAAACUGAGGAAAGUGUCCCGGGUGGAGGAUGCCUCUUUCCCGAGUGGAGGGAGCACCAUCGGCGCGAACCCGGCCUUGUCCAAAUCAGACACGGGUCGCGGGAACGGACCCCUCCCGUUAGGGGGCAGCGGGCUGAUGGAGGAGAUGAGCGCCCUGCUGGCCAGGAGGAGAAGAAUUGCUGAAAAGGGAUCAACGAUAGACACCGAACAGAAAGAGGACAAACACGAAGAUUCCGAGCCCGUCACUUCUAAGGCCUCGUCGACAAGUACACCCGAACCAGCAAGAAAACCUUGGGAAAGAGCGAAUACAGUGAAUGGCAGCAAGUCACCUGUCAUCUCCAGACGGGAUUCUCCAAGGAAAAAUCAGAUUGUUUUUGACAACAGGUCCUAUGAUUCAUUACACAGACCAAAAUCUGCACCUUCGUCGCAGCCCAGUGCCAACGGCGUCCAGACAGAGGGGCUAGACUACGACAGGCUGAAGCAGGACAUUUUAGAUGAAAUGAGAAAAGAAUUAACAAAGCUAAAAGAAGAGCUCAUUGAUGCGAUCAGGCAAGAACUGAGCAAGUCCAAUUCUGCGUAGAGAAGCAAGCCCAGGAGAAACAGGACCGUAGCUGGAGGAAGAAAAAAGACCCCUGCAAACAACAGCUGUUAACAACAAGCCCCUUCGUUUUGUGAGCCGCGAGAAGAAAGUGGAUACAGAUGGUCGGAAGGAGGAGAGCCGGCGCACUCGUGAGCCUUCAGUUGCUGUUGCUCUGGCGAUCAGCGAUUUGCCUCCAGUUUGCUGCUUCCUUCUGACCUUUUCAACAGGAUGGAAGGGUCGGAUAAGAGUUCCCAUUUCACGGUUAUGCAGAAAACCCUAAGCCCAUCAGGCAGAAUCGCCGUGCAUUGAGAUAUUUUCAUGUCAAGACGAAAUCGCACGUUUUCCACAACCCAUUGCUAAAAUAAAGAGGAGAAAGGCUUAAGAAGUUUGUUUUCAGAGAGUGCUGACGAAGAAUUUAGCAAGUUACGCUAUUGUAUUGUAAAUGUUUCUCUCAGGUUUGUCUUCCUAUCACGUGUGAUAUUCCGUAAUUGAGGUCAGCCCUGUGGAGGUUAAGAUCCUAAAACGUGGAACAAAUGGAAUUGUAUGUGCUUUCAAAGGGCGAUAUUUAUAAGAAAGUGUCCUAAAAAUGAUUUGUCUGGCUUGAGGAAUUUUAGAAUGAUAGGAAGUCUCUCGAGUUAGCCUUCAUGCAAUUUUGUAGAUUACAACAUAAAAUUCAUCCAGAAUUUAAAGAUUUAGAUGCCUUCCUAAAUUGUUAAAAUGCUUUACCAAAUCUAUGACUCCUACAUAACACACACCAGUGGUCAAAUGUAAAACAAUAUAUUGUAGAUUUACUGUAGGUUUUCAACCUUUUUUAGAUUUAUGCAUGUGGACAUUUUUAUAAUGUAAUUACAACCACCACAAAAUUAGCUUUUUUAAUUGCAAACAGUAAUGCAUGUCACACUAAUAUGUAGUGGCCUUUUCAAGGCCUGGUCCCAGGGAAAACAUUUUGUAGAGUGUAGGGGGUGGGAGGAAGGGAAGGAAUAAGUUUUCAUUUAAAGUUAAUUUCUGCAUUGUCUUUUUUUCUCAAUUACCUGCAUGAAUAAUAAUGAGGAAUAUUUUGUGACUUUAAUUGGUAAAUAUGUUAGCAGAACCAAGUACUCAAUCUUUUACAUCAUGUCUUCAGCUGUUCGUGUUUUAGCUUCGGUAAUUUCAGUGGUCUGAAACAUGAUUCUGAGCUUCACAUGAAUCACAUCAUACUGUGGGACUCGAAAACUCGAUCCCUGAAUCUGGCAGUUACUAUGACCUAGGUGUCCUGCAGUCGGACAGGUGUUCAGGUGCAUGUUCUGACCAGGAAAGCUGCUCUUGAAUUGUGUUGUGUGGAAACAUAAGAAGUGGCAAUGUCAGCAGCGACUGAGGUCACAGGCGUCAGUCACGCGGCAGCGGGGACCGGCGAGGGGCUCUGAGUAGUUCUCUGGUGACAGAGUGAGACUUGGGGUAGGAGGACGGGAUCAGAUCCUCUGCUGACCCCGACUCGGGUGUGUGUGCGUGCGUUCGUAAUCCACACCCUUCUCCUGGAAACUCAUGAAGAUUAAAAUAGGGGAGACAUUCUGUAUGUUGCAAUGAUAGAUUUUUUUUUUUUUUUUUGAAAAUUUAGGAAAUCAGAAACUCUCCAGGCUCUCCGUCUUGAUGUAUGCUUCAGUUACGUGCCAUACUUGCUUUGAAAUCUUUGAUUAUCUGAAGUUUCACUAAAGUUUUGAAGAAAUAAUCCAUUUUCAUCUGCUUUCUAGAUUUCGUAAUCUCAUUUGGGAAGACGGAGCUUGUCGAUAGCAUAGUUUUCUAAAGGCUGCAGAUUUGCCAUUACCCUUCCAAACGGUGUGAACAGGGAGGUUUUUCCUGCUUACGGUAGUUCCCGUUUGUGUAGAAACUGCAGUUUGACAUUAAUCUGUGAUGGGUGAGCUGUCCUCACUCAGGUCUGUGGUUGUGUUUCCUGUCCCUCGUCAUGGUCAGGCAGUAGUAAAGGCAUUCAAGAUGCGGCAGGCUUCUGAAGUACUGUUUUCUAGAAGAACUAGGAGGCAUUUUCAUCUUUAUUACUGUACUUUCGGUUAUGCAGACACUUCGAUGGUAUAAAUGCUUAUGUCCCCUAUAAAUCUGGUGAGAAAUCACUUGAUUUUGUUGGUUGUUGGUCUCUAGUAGGAUAGGAUGCUGGGUGCACGUGGUCCAAAGUGAGAUAAAAGACUGCAGUAAAACGCUAGAUCUCAAAAAGGAACCGGUUUACGCACUAACUGUCUCGUGCCUUUUGGUCUAACAUUAGCAGGAUAUCUGUGUAAAAUGACAGAAAACCAGUGUUGAAUCACGCCAUUUUCCAUCAUUUUGCAUUAUCCCGGAUUGCUAAAUGUGUUCUUUACAAGACGUUUGAUGAAAUCACUGUACACAUCCGCUGUCCUUCGUGACAGUUUUGUCAUCGUUAGAGAUUUCAGUAACUCACGCGGGAUUCUCAGAGCGAUGUUCCUCGGAACCCCGUCAAGUGAUGGUUUUUGUGCUCUAGUCCACGGGCUGUCUGAAGCUGAGUGCAGUUCAGGGGUUCUUUCUAGUUACAGGAAGGCACUUCUUUCCUCAACACUGUGAUCUGACCCGUGACCAAUCCGUCCUGUGCGCUGUGUCAACGGCCGACGGUCCAUCGCAAACCAACUGAAUGUACACACCUCCCGCCGGUGCCGAGGUCUCUCCGGAACGGCUGUCCCGGUCGCGGUUCGUCCACACUUUGCCAGCGUCAAGCGUCCGUCGGAACCGAGGACGAAACACUAACGAAUGUUGGAUUCUCGUGCUUUAGGUGUGCUUCCUCUUUAGCCUUUUCGGUUCUCUGCCAUUUUUACCGUACUGUUUCAUUUAAAUUUCCUACACGCUAACUUCGUUUGUGUGAUUGAAAUAAACUUGCAGUAUAUACGUGUU